UCCAUUGGGGUCCUUAAUCUUGUCUCCCAGGAUGCAACCCACACCAGUCGACUAACACCCAGGUGAACAGGGAAAAAUGCCUGGAACUAGUGCUCAUAUUGGUGAAUUUAAAGCCAGCAAAGGUUGGUUUGAGAGAUUUAAGAAUCGUAGUGGCAUACACAGUGUGAUAAGGCCUGUUCUGGAAGAAAAUGCCAAACAGGACCUACAGUACUCAGGAGGAAAAGGCACUCCCAGGACACAGUGUCUCAUCAGUCAUUGCUGCAUCUUCAAUAAAGGAAAACAUAGGAGGGAACUGACUGGUCAACUUAAGGCUUGCUAGAAACUAAACUUUGCAAGAUGAAUCGACAAAGAGGUGCACGCUCCAAUACAAAUGUGCACUCCACAAGGAAUGCGCACCCCACGAGGAAUGUACACUCCACAAAGAAUGCACACCCCACGAAGAAUGCACACCCCACGAAGAAUGCACACCCCACGAAAAAUGCGCACUCCACAAAGAAUGUGCACUCCACAAAGAAUGUGCACUCUACAAAGAAUGUGCACACCAUGAAGAAUGAGCACACUGUGAGAAGUGAUCACCCUAGGAGGACUGAGCACACGGUAAGAAAUGCAUGGAUCAGGACGACCGAAGGUGCCACAGAGAAUGAACGCCCAAAGAAGACCGAGCACCCCCUGAAGACUGUACAUGUCAAGACCAUUAAACGCUCCACAGAGAAUGAACAUGUCAGAAUGACUGAGCACCCAAAAAAGUACGAACAUCCAUUUAAGAGUGAUCACACAAAGAAAAAUGAACAUUUGCACAGUAGUGUAAGAACCGUAAGGAAUGAUCAUUCAAAGAAUGAACAUCCUAAAAGAAAUAUUCACUUAAAGAAGAAUGAACACUCCACUGAGAAACACUACUCUAGAAAGAGUGAAUGCUGUACAGAAAAUGAUAACAUUGCAAAGAAAGCACACACUACCAAGAAACACCACUCCACAAAGAAAGAGCAUAGCACAAAAAAAGAACAUUCUACUAACAAAGAACACUCCACAAAGAAAGAACAUGGCACAAAAAAAGAGCACUCCACAAAGAAAGAACAUGGCACAAAGAAGGAACAUGGCAUAAACAAAGAACAUGCUACAAAGAAAGAACGCUCCUCAAAGAAAGAACACUCCAUAAAGAAAGAACACUCCACAAAGAAAGAGCACUCCACAAAGAAAGAGCACUCCACAAAGAAAGAACACUCCACAAGGAAAAAACACUCAAAAAAAGAACACUCCAUGGAUGAAGGACAUCUCAAGAAAAAAGAAAAGUCCGAUGGACAUCACGACUUACUUCAUUCAUACUCAGGAGCUGGUAGCACAGGAGAAAGACCUGAAGAUCCUGGUCAUGUCAGUUCAUUACAGCAGCACCAUCAUACAGCUGUCUUUCAGAAAAGUCAAGAGAUUCAAGGGCAUGAUUUUGGUGGCCAACUUCACACCACUCACUGGCAUAAUCCUAGCCUCAGUCCUUCAUCUUAUAGUACAAACUGUGCACAUUCAUAUGAGAACUUACAGUACCAAAGUCAGUUUGAAAAUAGGAUGACACCUGUUUACUUUGAGAAAAAGCAAACAUCACACUACAAGAAACACUGGCAUGCAGGUAAUGUGGCUUCUCAGGUACCAUUAGAAAACAAUGCAUAUAUGCAACACCAGAUGCAUAGGGACUUGGAGAAUGUGAUGUCUCAGUCAAAAUUGAAUCCGGAAGGGCUGGUAAAAGGUCUUGCUCUCUUUGGUGGACAAUGGACCCACAUUAAUGUCCUUAGUAGACAACUUCAAAAGAGUACUGAGGAAAUUGAAGAAGUAGCUCAUUCUCGAGAAGAUAUAUUCUGUAGUAUUACAGAGUCCACUGGGAUCGUAAUUGAGCUUGCUCCUAAAGUGAGUUUGUGUUUAGGGUACUUGUCUGAAAAGGGUUGUCUGUUUCAUGACUCAUGCCAGGAUCUUCACAUUUGCAAACUUUAUAUGACAGGAUUUUGUGACACAGGUUCAUCAUGCCAGUUUGGGCAUCGACUAGAUACUCAUCACAACAGCUCUGUACUUUCAAAGUUGUAUUUAGACUCAGUUAAUUGGUAUGUCUUGUACAAAGUGAUUAAGAAAGUUUGCAAAGGCAGUGCAUCACCUCAAAUAUGUUUCUUCUAUAAUAGCCAGAGAGGAUGCAGGGAAAAUGAAAAGUGUAGAAGAUUUCAUAUUUGCAAAGAUUAUGUUAUGAACAACGAGAAAUGCUCAUUAGCACCUUGUUCCCUUAACCAUACUAUUUACAGCAACCACUGUAAAAGACUACUUGACCUCUAUUCCAUAUCUACAAAUGAAAACCCACAUGAUAUUAUUUUGAAGUUAAAGUUAUCCAGCCAGAAUCAGUAUGAUAAGUCAUGCAGCAGAAGAGAUAAUGAGGUGGAGGAUUCAGAUGUCAGCAGUAGUGAGAAUGAAGAUAGUGAUGAAGAGUAUUCAUCACGAACUAGUGCAUCAGAUAGUGAUGAUAGCACUGAUGAAAGCAGUGAAGAAAGCUAUUCAUCACAAUCUGAGGCAUCAGAUGAUAGUGAGGAUGAAGGUAGUGAAGAAGACUGUUCAUCAGAUGGCAGUGUUAACAGUGAAGCUGAGCAAAAUGAGGAAAACUAUUCAUCAGGAGGCAGAAAAUCAGAUAAUACUAACAAUGAAGCUGAAGAUACUGUGAAACACUACUCUUCAGAAUCUAGAAAAUCAGAUGGCUCUCCUAUUGAAGCCAAAGAUAGCGAGGAAAAAUAUUUACCAAGUAAAGGCAGCAGAGAUGAACCAUUGGCCUCCCAUCAGGAAGUAUCUUCAUUUGACCUAGACCAGCAAUCUCUUCCCUCUACCUGGAGUGAAAUGAAACCCAAACAAACCCAUGUUCUUGAGAUUGUGCCCAUUGGUACCAAAGAAUACCAGAAAGUUGCUAGUCGUGUGCUGUUGUCCCAGCCCUCUGUGAAUAUACAUAAAAUUCAGAGAUUGCAAAAUCCAUAUUUAUGGAACCUCUUACAAAGCAGAAAAGCUGAUUUAUCUAAAAGGUAUAAUGAAACUCAAUUGAAUGUUCAGAAACUCUUCCAUGGAGUAGAUCCUAUGGAAAUCGACAGCAUAUGCAAAAAUAACAUUGAAUGGCGACUGAGCAUGCCUACUGUGCAAAUGUUUGGAAAAGGUGCAUACUUCUCUAAUAGCUCUGUUCCUGGCGUGGUCUUCCAGGAUAGACGCCAGAUAAAGGGGCAAGACGUGUGUUAAUAAUACUUAUUAACAUUCUACAACUACCGGCCCUUACCUAUACUACUUGUGCUCCAUCCAAGUGGUAGGAGAUUCCAGAACAUCGGAUUACCAUCUGCCCAGGAUAACCUACAUAAAUAACAUCAGAGGAACUAUCUAGGGCCAUACCUACUCCUACCCAACUACCUGAAUUGAAGGCCAUAUUUUUAUUAUAUUUAAAUUUUAAGUAAAAUUCUCAAAAAUCAUUUUAUCUUGUUUUUCCUUAAAUCAUUUCUUUAUUUAUUUUUCCAUUAGUUUCUUUUGUUCAGUUGGAAGGCGUUCCACUGACAAAUUCACAAUUUACAAAGGUAAUGAACUCACAAUUUACAAAGGUAAUGAACUCCAGGUAGAUCUAGUCACAAUCAUGACAAGUUACAAAGGUAUUUACAGAUUACAGAGGUACACAAUGGGUCCAGGGACCGGGCUCCAAAGUUUUGAUGGCUGAACUAGGUACAAGGUAAUGAACUCACAAGUUACAAAGGUAAUGAACUCACAAGUUACAAAGGUAAUGAAUACUGUAAGAAUGGUUACUUACGUGUAUACAUGGCUGCAAUCAUGAACAAAUUUUAGAGUAAUGAGCAAUUCACACUUCCACACCCGGUCACAACUGUAGUGAGUUAUUGUGCAAAUGUUGAUUGCUGAGUCUCUCUCUCUCACACACACACACACAUAAACACAUACACACACACACACACACAUAAACACAUACCACACCCCACACACACACACACACACACACACACACACACACACACACACACACACACACACACACACACACACACACACACACACACACACACACCAAACGUAGAUCUAUGUUUUUCAACAUUUGAAAGUAUGUAAAAAAGUAGAUCUUUUUUUUUUUUUUUUUUUUACCUUUGAAAACGUGUAAAAAAAACUUUGAACUAAGUUUUUUUUUUUUUUUGUUAUAUUUGAAAAUAUGUAAAAAAAAUGUAGAUCUACUUUUGGAGCACUAUGCAUGUGAACAUAGAUCUGCUUGGACAGUUUUAAGGGUUAAUAGCUUAAUGUAGAGGAAUAAAGCAUAUACAUUUAUUUUAAAUAAAAAUGUUAUUUUAGGCAUAUACUGAAGAGAGUUAAUUAGGACAUAAAAUAUUUACACUUAUUUAAGCUCUUGGGAAAUUCAAUGUGAAGGAUGUGCCUGCGUAGGCAAAGUUGUUAUUGACAGAGCCAUCCUGAGGUCAUCUUCCACAAGCUCUGUUUUGUGCAUCCAUACAUAAAACAGAGCAUCCAUGCACACACAGGUAUGGUGUGGGAAAUGUUAAAAGAUUUUUGCAGCCAUAUUGGCAACUAAGGGGUACAACUGGCUCAUCUGUGAUCAGAAUUUAGUUUGUGGUAGAGGUUCAUAAGCAUCAUUGAUAUAUUAUAAUGCACUCGUGUACCUUCUGAAAAUCCUUUCACAUACCCUUGGGGGUAAACGUAUCCUAUCUGGGGAACCUCUUAUCUGAUGACUGAUGAAAAUUAUGUAUUAGUUGUUCUGUGUUUAGUUAGCCUCACCCAACCAAAAUUAACCCAUGUAGUAUUUACAGACCUGUAGAGUUGACUGGCAAUAAUGAAAUUACAUAAAUGAGCGACUUUCAUCCAACAGUAUGGGCCAACAACGAAGGUGACUUAAAUCAUACCAUUAAUCCCAGCAAAGUAACAUUUAUGAAGGGAUUCAGGGAAACCAGCAGGCCGGACUUGAGUCCUGGAGAUGGGAAGUACAGUGUCUGCACUCUGAAGGAGGGGUGUUGAUGUUGCAGUUUUAUAACUGUAGUGUAAAGUACCCCUCUGGCAAGACUGAUGGAGUGAGUGAUGAUGAAAAUUUUUCUUUUUCAGGCCACCCUGCCUUGGUGGGAAUCAGGUGAUGUGUUAAUAAAAAAAAAAAUUAAUCCCAGAGGAUUGUUAACCCAGGAUAACUCAGUAAACCCAAUCAUUGUCAGUUACUUCCACUGGGGGAUCCUUAAGGCCUCUUCCCUUGAAUGCGGCCCACAACCAUCAGCUAAUACCUAAGUACAGUAAUCCCUUGAUAUAAUGGAUCUCAGUUUAACUAAUUGUGGAAAUGUGGGACAAAAUUUGCUGGGUUAGUUGAUUUGGAAACAGUGGACAAAGUCUCUUGGUUAUAGAAUUGUUAUUGUUAUGAUCAUGGCAAAAUAAUAAUACAUACAUAUCUAGCCAUCUUAAUUGCUGUUAUCAGUUACCUUCUCACCCCUACACUAUUUCAAUGAAUUUACUGCUAGGCAAAAAGGGGCAACAGGGGCUACAAAACUUGCUCAUACAAUAUUUGAUAAAAAAAAAAUAGAGUAAAUAAAUUUGAACAGCUGCUUCAAAAACUUGAAUAAAAGAAUUAAUAUUUCUUGACCAAACUGUACCAAAAUAAGAGCAAACUACACUUCUGAAAAUUGGCACUGAGUGGCAUGCCUUGCACCAACACUUUAAGGGAGCCCACCAGGCUGUAAGAUGAGGCUAACUAGAAGCUCUGCAAAGACAUGAGAUGCCAGUCUUGUCAGGGCAAAAAUAGAAUGACCCUGGUAAUGUGACUGUCACUUUCUAAGUGGCAUAAAGUACUAACUAAAGCCUGUGAAUGUGGAAAACACACAGGACCAUAGAGACCCGAGGGGUCCAUAUCCCUGAAAAAGUCUUGAAAUUUCCUGUGUGCCCAGUUGGGUACACAGGAAAUUUCCUUCAACUUGAUCUCCCUAAGAAAAGGAAGAUCAAGCUGAAAACAAUAUUGCCAGCCCCCAUCUGUGGGCAUCCCCUAAAUUUGGACCAAGUAGGGGACCCAGCUCUGAGCCCUGCAUGUGGGAUGUCAUGUUAGCCCCUGAGUUGGGCCAAAUAUCCUAGAUAGACUGUCAUAGCCCCCUAGAAUGGAAGCUUGGAGAAGUCCUUGGUGGAUCAAGACUUGAAUUUCAGUCAUUAUUCCUACAGUAAAAUAUGGAAGUAUAAUCCUGAAGGUACUUCCUCCCUUAUUGUUUAAUUCUUUCAUAUUUUAUUAUGUAUUAUCCAUAUGUUUAGUUAUGGUGGCCCAGCCCUAGUUGUUGGGGGAGGUGCUGUGCCAAGGUUAGGCAUCUUCCACCUUGGAACUUAAUUUUUAUUCUUGCACAACAGGUCACGGGCAGUGCUCAGCUAAGGUUGGGUGUUGCCUCAACUAAUUUUAAAUUUUUCACCCCUAUAUUGUAGACUAGCCACUAACAUCUCACCUUGUUUAUUAUAUUUAUCCUUAUUUUUCAUUUGUUCUUUAUAGACUAGGGUAUAUUGUUUAUGCUCCUUUGGAUGGGCAGUCUGACCUUAUGGUCUUGUUUGUCUGUUCUGUGGGAUAGAGCAACAUUUCCUUCGCCCAUUAACAUCUAUGGUUUUAGGUUACCUGAGUUGGAAAGGGCUACAAAAAGAAACAGCCCUAAGACAAGGCUGUGUGAUAUCACUGUAGUUUAAUAUGUAUGUAGAUGAAAUUGUAAAGAAGUGAAUCUAGAGCUUUAACCCUUAAACGGUCCAAACGUAUACAUACGUUUUUUCAACAUUUGAAAGUAUGUAAAAAAAUGUACAUCAUCAUUUUUUUUUUACAUUUGAAAAUGUGUAAAAAAAAACUUUUAUCUACAUUUUUUGUUAUAUUUGAAAAUAUGUAAAAAAUCAUAGAUCUACUUUUGAAGCACUGCAGAUCUGAACAUUUAAGGGUUAAGCAGACGAGCAGGUUUAAAAGACAUUGCAGCAGUUAUGAAGUAGGUGUUGUCGCAGUUGCUCAGAGGAGAAUUGGAAGAGAAGUUACAAAGGUAGGCAAAGGAGUUUGGAAGGGUGUAUAUAUAAAAAAAAAAAGCUUGAAAUGGGUAUAAAAAAAGAAUUUUUUUAUGAGGUUAGAUUUCUUUAUGUUAGUUUUGUCUCUGUGAAAUCUUCUAUAUUAUGUUUGAAGAUUUGUUAUUAAUGUAGUAUAUCUUUCAGCAUAUGUUACUUUUCACAUUUAUCUGUAAACUUGUUCCAGUGAUGUAAUAUCCUGUAGGUUAGGCCAAGCAGGGAAUUUGAUCUUUAAGGUGUAGGUGAUGAUUUGUUUAUUUUUCAUUUUUUUCCCAUCUCCCUGGGUUAUUUCUCAUGUACUUUUGGUAAAAGUAGGAAAAGUUUGUUUUAGUUUUAUAUUACAUAUCUGUAAGAGGCCAUUUGACUACUGUACUACUAGAAUGUUAAGGUUGUCUGCCAUUGACAAGGUAACUGUUCUAUAUGCACUUUUGAAUAACCUAUAAUGUUAAUACUUCACUUUGUAAAUGCCAUUGCCAGGGGCACUUGACCCUUGUGUAAAACAUGAUCUUUAGUACUGUAUUACAAAUGUGAAUAUAGUUGUCCCUUUUUCACGCUGCAGGUGUCUUCCAGGCCUUUGACUGCUGUACUAAGGUCACUCAGGCUAUUAGCACUUAAUUUCUUAUAAUGAGAAUAUUCACAUUUUGGGAUAUUGGCUGUUUGGAAUGACAUCUAAACUGUAGUAUCUGAGCACCUCUGCAAGACAGUGAAUAUAUAUAAAUGAUGGUGAAAGUGUUGAACGAUGAUGAAAGUUUUUUCUUUUUUUUUGGGUCACCCUGCCUUGGUGGGAAAUGGCCAACACGUUAAAAAAAAAAAAUUCACAUUUUGUGAACUGUACCAUUUGCAAGUGGUUAAAGCAUAGUACACAUAUAGAAAUGGUGAAAGAAUCUGAUAUCACUUAAUAGCAAAUUCACAUAAAGUAAACCUACAUUAACUGAGGGAAACCUUGUACUGUACAUGCUCUCAGUAAUAUUUUCUGUUUGCUGCUUUCUUUGGGAGUUAAGAAUACAUUGAUGCCUCAAUCCCUGCAUUGAAAUUUCCAUCCUGUUCAGACUUAGUAUAUGUACUGCAUUUUUGCUUUUUAAUAAAUACUAAUUAAUA